UAUUCGUUUCUCUUUUUGGUUCUCAAAGCUUCCUUUUACAGACGAAACAGCGCCGCCAAUCGCCGCCGUGCUUUCAGAUUCCGGCAAUCCGGAAUAGAAAUAUGGGUUUUAAAAAAAUAAUAUUUUUUCAGUUUCUGUUCAGAGGUCACAGUGACGUUGCCCUCACGGUCUUUCAGGUCCCUAUCCAUUCUUUCUUGUUUGGGGUUUAGGGUUUGUAAAUCUCCAAUACGAUCGUUAGGUUGACAAGAUUUGGGUAUCUGGGGUAACCUUGAAUUGUUUGUUUUCUCUUCAAGGGGAGGUGAUGAGCUUCAUAGUAAGCAAAUUCAAAUGUAAGGGCAUCACCUUCUUCUCUCUACUUCAUGUUACUCACUAUUCUUCCCGUUUUAGCACCGCCGCAGUUGCAUCCAUUGAACCAAAAAUACCACCGGAUCUUUCAUCUUGCAUCGUUCAAGAUAAGGAUCUUCUUCUUAAGAGCUUGAAUCCUUCGGGGACUGGGCUUCACGUUCUGGACCUCGUCGAUGAGGGUUCUUUAGAACCCCACCCAACGCUCUACCAUCUUUUGCUGAAAAAAUGUACCUUUUUGAGAAAGCCCAAGCUUGGGAAAAUUGUCCAUGCGCACAUUUCGAACUCCCAUUUCCGAGGCGAUGUUGUUAUCCUCAAUACACUUUUGAAUAUGUAUGCUAAGUGUGGUUGUUUGGAUGACGCUCGCAAUUUGUUCGACGAAAUGUCUGUGAAAGAUAUGGUCACCUGGACUACAUUGAUCACUGCCUAUUCUCAGCAUGAUCGUCCUUUGGAUGCUCUGCUUUUGUUCCCUCAAAUGCUCUCCCUUGGUUUCUUUCCCAAUGAGUUCACCUUGUCUAGCCUUUUAAAGGCUUCGGCUGCACUUUCUGAUACGCCCCAAAUCUACUUCCAUGGUGCUCAACUUCAUGGCUUCAGUUUCAAGUGUGGUUUCCACUCCAAUGUUUAUGUGGGCAGUUCCCUUUUGGACAUGUAUGCUCGCUGUGGUUGCAUGGAUGAGGCCCACUUCGUCUUUGAUGUGCUUCCUACGAAAAACGAGGUCUCAUGGAAUGCAUUGAUUGCUGACCAUGCUAGGAAAGGCCAACUUGAUCGUGCACUUAGUCUCUUCUUGAAAAUGCUUAGACAAGAUUUUCAGCCCACUCAUUUCACCUUCUCCAGCAUUUUUGGUGCCUGUGCGUCCACGGGGUCUUUAGAACAAGGCAAAUGGGUGCACGCCCAUGUGAUCAAAUCCGGUGGAGAGAUUAUUGCUUUUAUGGGCAACACACUCCUCCACAUGUAUGCUAAAUCUGGUAGUAUCCAAGAUGCUAAAAUGAUCUUCGAUAGGUUGGUAAAGCGUGAUUUGGUGUCUUGGAACUCCAUGCUCACAGCAUAUGCCCAGCACGGGCUUGGCAAGGAAGCGGUGCAAUGCUUUCAAAAGAUGCUGAAUAUCGGACUUGUCCCUAAUGAUAUAACGUUCCUUUGCCUUCUCACUGCUUGCAGUCGUGCUGGGCUUUUGGAGGAAGGGCAAUACUAUUUCAAGUCGAUGAAUAGGUAUAACAUCGAACCGGGGAUUUCACAUUAUGUUACCAUUGUUGAUCUUCUUGGUCGAGCCGGUCUUCUUAAUGAAGCUCUGAGGUUUAUAAACGAAAUGCCAAUCCAACCCACUGCAGCUGUGUGGGGAGCCUUGCUUGGUGCAUGUAGGAUGCAUAAGAAUGUAGAAAUGGGCAGUUUUGCUGCGGAACGGGUUUUCGAGCUCGAUCCUCAUGAUUCGGGACCCCAUGUCUUGCUUUCCAAUAUCUAUGCCUCCGGCAAUAGGUGGAGAGACGCUGCUAAAGUGAGAAAACUGAUGAAAGAGAGUGGGGUGAAGAAGGAGCCUGCUUGUAGUUGGGUAGAAAUUCAAAACACAGUCCAUAUGUUUGUGGCAAGCGAUGAUUCCCACCCGCAAAUGGGGGCAAUCUAUAAGAAGUGGGAGGAGAUCAGUGCAAGGAUCAAGGAAAUUGGAUAUGUUCCUGACACGAGCCACGUGUUGUUCUAUAUGGAUGAACAAGAGAGGGAAGUGAAGUUGCAGUACCAUAGUGAGAAGCUUGCAUUGGCAUUUGCACUCCUCAACUCGCCUGAUGGAUCCACAAUUCGUAUCAAGAAGAACAUCAGGGUUUGUGGUGACUGUCAUUCAGCAUUUAAAUUUGUGUCCAAAGUUGUUGGAAGGGAAAUCAUUGUAAGAGAUACCAAUCGGUUCCAUCAUUUCUAUGAUGGGUCUUGUUCUUGUGGGAAUUUUUGGUAAUACUUGUGAAGAAUUCCAUUAGCCAAAGGCGAAAUCCUAUAAAACUUGUAUGAUGUAAAGUCUUCUGUCAUUAAUGUGGAACCAAUGUUAUUUAGACUUUUUAGAAA